AUGUCAACGGAUGAGGCCGCAACUCGAUGCAUCGAACUUAAUGAGGCAGUACAAAUUUUAGUUAAGGAAACUAUUACUUCUAUAGAUGCAGACGUUGAGCAUAUUAAAACUGAUACAGGCGCGGUUGAAAAUAAUAAAGUUGUUGACGCUUCGUAUGUCAAUCCUAAAGCAAAUUACCUUUGUAAACAGUACUUCCGUGCCUCGGGGAGUAAUUGUCCUCCAAUGAAUGCUGAUACUAUUGAGCGUAUUCGGUUAAAAGAAACAAAUAUUACUGAUGAUCUAAACCAGACGCUUCAUAAAUUAAACCAAGCUGAGACUGUGAAAUUGCUUUUCGCAAUCGUGGACUGCUAUCGAACAACGCUGCAAGAAAAACUUAAGGAAAGAAUAGAGAACCUCACUGAAACACUUACUCUGACUAAUGAAGAUUUUUCUAUGCGCAAGGCAGUAUAUUCAGAAUUGCAAAGUACUGAAAAGGAGCUUAAGAAAAUUGGGAAAAUAAUUUCCUCGUCUGUGCCAUGUGAAAUCACAAACUUCGUCACUUCCUUGUCAAAUAUUAUUCCUGAUUCAGCGCAGUGGAAAAACAAAUUCGGUGAAAUGGCUGAAUGCAAAUUGAGUGAUUCAAAGUCUUCAGGUAUUUCUCUGUCCGAAUGGAUUUCGAUUUUGAGCAAGGCCCAUACUGUUCUUACAGAUAAUGACUGGAAUCAUAUAUCCGUUCAUAUUUUAAAAAGUGUAAAGUCUCCAACAUUUUGUCGUCUCUACUGGUUUCAUAGACUGCGACCAGGUCUUGUUCAUGGAAUGUGGUCUUCAGAGGAAUUAGAGUCUCUCAGAAUUGCUGUUACAAUCCUUGGACCUUGUGGUCAGUGGCAAAGAAUUGCUGAUCGUUUGAAUAACGGUCGAUCGGCUUUCUCCUGCUUCAAAGCUUGGCAUAAAUAUCUUAACCCUGAUCAUCCUUCCAAAAUCGCUUGGACUUCGGAAGAGGACAAAUCUCUUGAUAUAAUUGUGGAUGACGAGGUAAAACAUGAAUGCAAGGCCAUUAGCUUAAUUGACUGGGGAGUGGUUAGUGCUCGUCUUCAGUCUCGGUCAGCCAUUGCCUGUCAGCGUCGUUACGACGAGUUGCACAAAAUCUCUCAGUCAGAACCCUUUACUAUGGAGGAGGAUCUUGCACUCCUCAAGUCCAUUCAGUGUCUGGGGACUGGUGGCGGAGCGUUUGGUUGGGGUACGGGCGGUGAGAAUCCGACAUGUAUUGGCACUUGGUCAGUUAUUGCAGCUCAACUUCCAACACAACGCCGCACCGCUCGGGAAUGUGAAUUGCGCCACAAUGAACUCUGCGAGAAAUUCCAGCCAUGGACUUACAAAGAACUUCGACGACUCUUUAAAUUUUCCACCCGUAUCAUAGAAACCACCAGCAAUGAUUCUGGACCUCUCAUCGCGGUGAAUAUACUGUCUUACUUUCCUGGGCGUCCUAUGUCCGCACUUCUGGCUAAGAUGCGAGAUUGCAAGUUGUUGGCUAGGAUUUUAAAGCGUCUGCGUCGUUUUCCUCACCAUCUAGGCGUCAAAUUUGACGAAAUUUUCUCUUCAGUUGAAAUGAAACCUAUUCGUCCACAUCUUUUUAGUCCUCCCUCUGUUCUUUGUGAGUGGGUGGGGCAACUUCAAAGAAUUGGAAUCCGCAAUCCCGAGGGUUAUGCAUUUUCACGGCUUCUUGCGUGGAAGCCCCGAGAACCUUAUGUAGUUCCCGAAGGUCAAAAGCCCGAUUAUAUGUUGGAAGCCUUCCAUGAAUUCAAUCAGUUAUUACUGGAUCUUGAAGAAAAUAGGCUUCUCCCAACUUCUGCGGAAAUUUCUCAGCUACAAAAUGAAUCCUUAUCAGAAGUGAAUCCUCUAUCAUCAUCAUCAUCACCACCACUAUCAGCACAAUCAAAUCAAUUUCAUGAGAAUAAGGGUGUACAUAUCAUGAGAGUGGCAAAACUCAUCAAUUCAUAUCAGAUGCGGCCAGUUGUAUUUAGCUUGCUGUCAAAGGAGAUAGAACGUAGAAUGCAUCUAGCAGUUCCAGAUCUGCCCAGCUUUAAUGGCGAACGCGGUGAGGGAAAGCGGAAAAUAAAGACUCUUUCGCGUUAUUCGGUUAAUGAGGACCUGAAGGCGGGCGAAAAAUUGCUCAAAGAUCACGAAUUUUUUGUCAAAAUAUUUGAACGUGUUCUUAGUCAUAAUCCCAGGGCUUCUAACGCGUAUUACGGCUACAAUCCCCGUGCUCUUGAUGGGAUGGCACCGGAGCUUGCGGGAGAUAUGCUUUUCUACGCGCAGGAAGAAUUGAUCGUUGGUGUAGCAUCUCAAGAAACGCAAGAGACAAAAUGUUACACCAAGAGUGUUCCUCUAGCUAAGCUCCAACGUAUUAUACGCAUUCGCCAGUUGUUACUGAAGUCACGUAUUCUGACAAUAAAAUCAGGCUCUCUUAAAGCCCCUUGGACAAUGCCCUUUGGAGAGUCUGGACGCAUGGAGCAGCAGCAGGAACAGAUCAAGCCACCUCUCCUGGCUCAUAUUCCUGAUUCACUUCGUGCGAAAGUUUUGCUUCCAACAUUUUUUUCCAACUGGUUGACAGAAAAGACAACUUCUCUCAUUUCUGAAUCUCUGGGAGUUGGUCAGGGCUCUGCAAUUCAGAUCAUGUCUCCCAAUCAGUCUACCGUCUUGGUUUUCAAGUCUUUAUUACUCAAGCUUCCUGAAUUUCAACGAGUAGCUGGGGGGACUGCUUUGCGAAUUCUACGAUACAGGACCGACUGCAAUUUUUUCGGACAAUCCCAAACUGAGAGCUCCGCAAGUGAAGUUCAAAAUACAAAAAUUGAUGAUUUAAUACAGAAAAGACCAGACAUAGCGGCCAUGCUUUCAAGUGCGAAGCAUCGAACAUUCAUCCUACGAUGUUUCUCUCUCUUUCUCUGGCCUUGUCUCCUUGCCAACAUGCGGGCUCGAGGCAUCAUUGAUCGCUCCAUCGCCUUCCUCAAUGAACAAUUACAAAAUUUGGAUGAAUUUGGAGACAAUGGAGAGGACGAGUUGGAAUCGAAAAAGUCUCCAAAGAAAAGGGAGACGAAAAACGUUGGGAACGCGGAGGUGCCUUCGAGUAAGCCAUACCGUUCAGAAAAGAUUUGGAAUCACCCAAGUUUCCCUAACGCCUGGAAACAGUUCACCGUCAAUUUCGACGACACUAUGAGCGUUGUAUGCGAGCUGCCUUCCAACGUAGAAGACCUCUUUAAGUGUGGAUUUGUGCCCGACAGCAUCAAUCCCUAG